CAGAGUACAGCUGGCAACCGAGUGUGGGUGGAAAGGGCUGUAUAUAUGUGUUAGGUGCAGGACUGCAGGCAUCAGUCUUUUGCUCUCCCACACACCAUGAAGUUUGUUGUUCUCGCCGUGCUAGCCGCCGUGGCCACAGCCACUCCUCAGUACGAAGAGCCUCCCGCCCCCACUCGCUACACUGAUAGCUCUCUCGAGCAUGUUCCUAUUUUGAGAGAUGAACGUGUUCAAGAAGACGACGGCAGAUACAACGUCGACUUUGAGACUGGCAACGGCAUUUCAGUAUCUCUAUCUGGCGCUCCCAGCGGCCCCGAGGGAGCUGUGAGCAAGGCUGGACAAUACUCGUACACUUCUCCUGAUGGCACACCCAUCGUUGUGAAGUACGUCGCCGACGAGAACGGCUUCCAGCCCCAGUCUGACCUGCUGCCAGUGGCUCCCGCCUUCCCCCACCCAAUCCCUCAGUUCGUGCUGGACCAGAUCGCCUUCGCUGCUGAGGAGGACGCUGCCAAAGCCCGUGGCAAGUCUGUUUCACCCUCUGGCAGUUACAGUGCUCCCGAGUGAUCUUAUGGCCGACUGAUAUUGUUACGAAGUUGUCAUCAAAUCCAUUGCUCUAAGGCAAGCAAAUCAGUAUUGAUAUGUUACUUAUUUUCAGUAGAUAUGCUUAUUUAUUUUAUUGCCAUGUUAUUAUGAAAUAAAAAAAGGAUUUCGAAA